AUGGCUAAAAACAGCUCAUUGGUUGGUGGUCAAUCCUUAAUGCGAACGAUUAAUUACCGAGUCAUUUUGGUUCAGGUUUUGAUAGUGGUUUUCCUUUGCAUCAACUUUCUGCUGAUCACAACCUUUUUUAUGAAGGAUUUCUUCUACACAACCAUGCGCUACAUCUUAUUUGCUACUACUUUAAUGUCUGAUUGUUUUAUCUUGAUUAUAACAAAUGUCCUGCUCAUCUAUGAUUAUUUUCGUUCUACUCUGCAAAUUUGGUUGUGUCUCUCUUUAUGUGCUUUCUUAUCUGUAUGCACUUUAGUCACACCGAUUACUCUGACAGCAAUGACCCUAGAGCGAUAUGUGGCCAUUUGCAUGCCCCUGCAACAUGCAGAGUUUUGCUCCACACACAGGGCUCUCCCCUGCAUCUUUAUCAUUCACGGCCUUAGUGCUAUACCUUGUAUUGUGGAUCUCUCCAUCUUCUUUGCAUCUGCUACUCAAAACUUCUACACCCAGGACAGAAUAUGCUCUGUGGAGCUGUUCACAUUUCACAGUUGGCAAGGUCAUCUUAGAUCAGCUAUAAGUCAGAUCUACUUCUUGAUCAUGUGCAUCACCAUUGUGUUUUCCUAUGUUAAAAUAAUGAAAGUGGCCAAAGCUGCAUCAGGAGAGAAUAAAAAAUCAACAUGGAAAGGGCUCAGGACAGUGAUUCUUCAUGCUUUUCAGCUGCUCUUGUGUCUCAUCCAGCUGUGGUGCCCUUUCAUAGAAGGCGCUGUACUUCAGAUUGAUUUCAUGUUAUACAUUAAUGUCAGAUACUUCACCUACAUUAGUUUUUAUCUUGCUCCGAGAUGUCUGAGUCCUCUCAUUUAUGGCCUCAGAGAUGACAAGUUUUUUAUUGCACUGAAAUACUACGCUCUCUGUGGCUUGUACAAGAACAACUCUUUUCAUUUAACAGAUUAG